AUGUCUUUUCGAAAUCCCAAAUACACCCGAAGUGUUUCCCAAGAAGGCAGCUUUAACUCUAGUAAAAGCAGCAUCUCUUCCUCAAUAAAUUCGAAUUCAAGCAUAUUUGGCCAGCUCCCGAGAGGCUUAAAAGGUGAAAACGUUGAAUGGAAAAAAGCGAAGGAAUGCUACAUCUGUCAAAAAAAAUUCAACCACACAACCAGACGGCGGCAUCACUGCAGAUUUUGUGGAAACUCCAUAUGUGAGGAGCAUGGCAUUAAAAGGAGAACUAAAGAUGAGCAAAAAAGACUGCGCAUCUGUGAUAACUGCGAUAGAGAACUGAUCAGAAAUGAAAUCCAAUCUGAAAUUGAAGGGGAAAUAUCAAGAUUGCAGACAGAGGUACAAAAUGCAAGAGAAUUAAAUGAAAAAUUGUAUAAAGAUCACUAUGAAAAAACAUCGAGGGUAGGACAACUUGAGAUGGAGCUGUCAAAAGCUGAAAGAAGCCAAAAACAAAAAGAGCAGCUUUUGCAGGAUAGACUGAAUGAUGAACAAAUUAAAGCGGAAAAAACAAGGAAAGCUAUUGAGGAUAUCAGAAAUGAGCUUGAUAAUGCUGGGAAGUCAGAAACUGAUAUGAAUCAAAAAUGUGCAGAGGCUGAAGCACAGCUGGAGAGUCUUAAAGGCGAAGCUGACUCUCCACUGCAAAAGUGGACAAUGUUUUAUUAUGGACUAAUUUUCUUUUAAGAGAAUUAUUAUUAGGAAAAUUAAUUUUUAAAAACUUAUAAUCGAAAGAAUCAAAUUUAUAUAAUAUCGUCCUUUUUGCCCAAACGGGCACAAGGGACGAUAUAUUUCAGGAAGCAGACUUUCUAAAGCCAACAGAAUAAGGAGUUAAAUUAAAUAAUGACAAAAUAUAUUUCAAGAUAUAUUAAAGAUAAAUUUAUUAUUAUAAAAUUAUUCAUUUUCGUCUAAUUUUAGUAUUUGUCAUUUUUUUUUUGUUUGUCAGCAGAGGGAGUGAGAAUUUGAGGAAUCGAAAAAAUGAUUUGGAAACACAAAUAAUGACAUUGACAAGUAAGCUGAAAGAAAGCUACCCAUUAGAUCAUGUCAGACCAAUAGUUUGUGAUAGAUGCUUGAAUAAACUUAACCAAGUUUACAGGCCAAUGCUAUCUAAUGGACAAGUUGCUAUAGAAAGCACGAACGACUCCAAACAAAGUGUAAACAAUUCACAGGUCUUAAAUCCAGAUAAUUAA